GUCCUUAAAUUCUCCUGUCUGCUGGUCGCAGAGUGGAGCCUGUUGACAGCAGCUCCCAGGAUCAAAGUUGAUAAGCUCUUCGCUGAUGCUGUCGACCCGGUGAUGGGGGAACGCCAAAUCCUGCACAGCUGAGUUAACAGCCGCCUUCAAACAGAACUAACUUAUGAUAGAGAGGCGACAGGGAGACCGCUGCUGGCCAGAGCUAACAACUAAUGCAGCUCUGUUGUUGGACCUGCUGUUGGUCAGAGUUGUGAAGACUGUGGUCAGACGUCGCAGGCCAGCCCAGAACCGCUCUGACAUCCUCUCCACCUUCUUCGUGGAGCGCUACUCCUUCCCCUCAGGCCACGCCACACGUGCGGCCAUGUGCGCCCGGUUCCUCCUAGCCCAGCUGGUGGACACUGCCUCCAUGAGGGUCCUGGUGGUAGGUUGGGCCGCCUUGGUGAGCCUGUCCCGGCUGCUGCUUGCCAGACACUAUGUGACAGAUGUGGGCUUUGGCUUGGCUAUGGGUUACUGCCAAUAUAGUCUAGUGGAAAGGUUGUGGCUGACCUGGGACUGUCUGCAGGACCUGCUGCUCAUGCGACUGAGAGAGAGACUCAACAAGGUUUAUGGUGGACUCUGGAUGGCAGAUGGGAAACUUUAGGUUUGGUGGAACUGUGUGUUGUCAGCCUAUGUAUGGGGAAAAUGUGUAGCAUGAGUGUGUGUAAUUCAAAAAUUCCCUGCUGUUAAAAGUGAAUUUUCUUAUUUAUUGGAUUAUAUAAAAGUUACUCCAGUAGGCUUAUAUUUUGUUUAUCUGUAUCGGUUUUUAUGUGUACUUGUUGUGUGUGUUCUCUCUUCUUUUUUUUUUAAAGAAUGAAAUGGAGACAUUGAAAUGGAUGGCUUGGGUGGUCACUGGCGGGUUGGUAGCAUAUUCCAUUAAGAUGCACAUGCAGCUUGUUUCCACAACGGUGUUGAUGAUGCAUGGACUUAAUCUUUCAAUGCUGAAACCAAAGCUGAAUUUAAUUAAAUCCUUUUUUAAUAAAACUACAAUUCAAGUAAA